CGUGCCACUCACAUCUGGCAUGGAAUCUUGUUUAGCCGGUCUCUGGGCGUCAUGUGAUCAAGAGCAAACGCUGUUUUAGAAGCUUAUUGCCAUAGUCAAUAUUUGCCAUAGUGUUAGGGAGGGAAGUUUUCCUCCUUUCCUUCUCUCCCUUUUUGGAAAGCGACGUCCACUGACGCAAAAGUUCUUAAACUCCCUCCGAAUCCUUGUAAAAGCCGAUGGGUGUGCCCUGGUCACUGCUUCAUCUGGUACGGAUGUUUCCAGCUUCGAGAAGAGCUGAAGAUGAAGGACCGAUUAGAGGAACUGAAGAACCGAGUGAAUGAAGAUAGUGACUACUGGGAGGUGGACGAGACGCUUUCCUUCGACAACCCUGUUUUCAAAGAAGAUGAGGGCAAUGCCAUGGACAAGGUCUUCCAGGAAAUCAGCGCUCUCUCGUCAUCUCUGGAUAAGUUGGAGGAGUUCUCCGAGAACGUUGACAGAAAGCAACAUCAAGUCCUCUGCUGUACCACCGAGGAGAGCAUCUGCGAGGAGAAGAAAGAGCUGCAUAAGAUCAAAGAGGCUUUCACCAGGGAAGCCAAAACCCUCCAGCCGAAGCUCAACAGCAUCCAUGAAUCUCUGGCCAGAGAUGACCGGCAAGGGCUGGCCCUCCACCGCAUCCGCCACAGCCAGCUUUGCGUCCUGAUCAACCGCUACCGGGAGAUUGUCACCUGCCAUUACGCCAAGGAGACCCAGUACGUGGAGAAGCUGAAGGAGCAGAUCAGGAGGCAGACAGAACUGGCCGGAUUGAGCCUCCAGGAAGAAGACCUCAAGCGCCUCGUCGACAGCCCUGUGGCACCACGCAUCGUCGGCCAAGAUCUGGAUGUCCUCAAGGCCAAGCAACAUCUGGCCCUGGCACAGGUGCGCCACCAACAGCUGCUGGACUUGGAAGCUCAGAUCGGUGAGCUACACAGCCUCUUUCUCCACAUGGAGGUCUUGGUCGCAGAGCAAGGGGAGACCAUCAACAGCAUCGAGUACAACGUUCUCCAUACUCUGGACUACAUCUCCCAGUCCAACGAGGAGGUCAAGAAAGCUCUCAAGUAUGAGCGCCAAUCCCGGUUUUCCGCGGCCCUGUCGGCGUUGCUGGGGCUGUGUGCUUGCUGCACAUGCCUCUCGUGCAUGGCUACGCCGAGUGUGGUGCGCUGAGCAGGAAAAGGGGAGAUUCUGGAAUAUCCCUUGAAGAGAAAAGGUCUACCAAGGUUGAACGACAGCACUCUGGAGCAUUUGAUGCACACAUCCUUGUAGACGAGUCCUUGAUGCAAAGGGUGGGUGGUUCCAUUUGGAAAUGCACUUACGUGUUAGGGGACUUUUUUUGUUGCGUUUUUGUGAACGUGAGAAGAUGCUCGUUGGAGGAAGACCAAGAGUGUCACCCUACAGUGAGAGUCCCGUGAAGGUCACAGAAGUGCCAGGUCUCCUCAGUUGUGGAUUAUCGACAACUGCUCUACCACCGAAGGGGGAAAAAAAACUACAGACCCAGCUUUCUAAGGAAAGAACAUUUGACUGAUCAUCGCUUGCAUGUUCCGGACUUCCAGGUAUUCAGCUCUGAAAGAAAGGUACACCUGCCACGUUCUAAGGCAUGUUUCUCAGGUAUUUUUGCCUGUUUAAAAACUGAGUGUUUGCUCAACAGGUACAGUGCUGGCCCUGCCAUUGAAGAGGUUGGUAUCACAGAUGGGGGAAAACAGAAUUCACAAAGACAGGAAUAAGCGUCUGAGACAUUUGGAAAGGCUUUAAAAAAAACCUUUUGGUCCUAGCCGGAUGGACGGAUCUUUCCUUCACUUCAUUGCCCCAAAGCAAUGGGAACAGAUGACCGGACAACACGAAAGCCUGCAGUGUCUUUUUAAAAGAUACCGGUCCAAAGAAAACAUUUGACGGGCAAGAUAAAAUUGGGUGAGACACUUCCUCCACAUUUUUCUGCUUUUAGCCUUUUACGCAGUUGCUGCUAAUCCCUGUGGCUUCCUGGUGGUUUGAAUGUCACAUCCACACAAAGGAGCAGAGACGUCAUUUUUUCUGGGCACGGAGGAGGUGGCUUUGCCACCAAACGGCAGGACCAAAUAGCAGCGAAUCAGCUUGCCGGCCGUAUUUAUUCCCCGGACUCUUUAAUGUGGGCUGUGCCCGUUUUGGUUUCAAGCUUUCAAAGGGCUUCUGGGAUUCUUCUCAUUCAUGUCUUGAAUGGUGCAUUGUAUGAAUUAAGGGUGUUAAUGUUUACAUUUCUAUCUGUACAGACUUUUUUUUUCUCCUGUUAUACAGUGAUAUAGGCCUUUCCGCAAUGUUUGCCUUUCUAUAAGUUGAGGGUGGUGGCGGGGAUGAUUUGGGGCUUGGAGAAGUAUCAUUUUUUAGACUGGCAGAUCUAAUCCUAACCCCGCCAGGU